AUCAACUGUCCUCCUCACUCAGUUGACAGCCAGGCUCGUCACAACAGCACCGAGGGGGUCACUCCUGCGGACGGAGCUUUUAGCGCAUUUUUUCUUCAAGGAUACUUUGUGGGUUUAAUUUUUUGUCACUUAAAAAUGGCUCGUUCUUUUGACACACACGUUGGAAUUAACAGCGUUUACUGAGUUCAUGUGGGACCAAGAGCCACUCAGGAGGACAGAGACAUGCAUCGCCUUCCCUAUCUUCACUGUCUGCUCCUCACAGUUUGGCUGUGGCGCGCGGUCAGCGGGAGACACCCGAACUGUCUCUUCUUGUUUGAGCUGCAGUUGGCAGAGAAGGAAUGCUCGGCCAAGCUGGAAGAAGAGCAGGUCCCAGAGUCCGGAGGCUGCCGAGGCACGUGGGACAACAUUUCCUGUUGGCGCCAUGCGGAGGUCGGGGAGGUGGUCGUCAAUACCUGCCCGGACGCGCUGAAAAACCUCUUUGGCAGAGACGGGAAGAUCAGCAGGAACUGUACGGAUGAUGGAUGGUCAGUGGUGUACCCCAGUGUCCAUACCGAGUGCUAUUCUGAGCACAAGCCCGACAAGCUGGUGUUCUAUACCGUCGUGAAGACCCUGUACACGCUGGGCCACAGUCUCUCUCUCAUCGCUCUCAUCACUGGCAGUACCAUCCUGUGUCUCUUCAGAAAGCUACACUGCACAAGGAACUACAUCCAUCUGAAUCUGUUCUUCUCCUUCAUCCUGAGAGCUAUUGCCGUGCUGAUCAAGGACGCCAUUUUGUUUUCGCACAGUGAGAACAUGAAAUGCCAUGAACAGCCCUCACUGAUAGGGUGCAAGGCCAGUCUGGUCAUUUUUAACUACUUCGUCAUGGCUAAUUUCUUCUGGCUGCUGGUGGAGGGCCUGUAUCUGCACACCCUGCUGAUGGUGAUCUUCUCCAAGAACCGGCACUUUGUGGUCUAUCUCUUCAUCGGGUGGGGAUUCCCCACAAUCUUUGUGAUAGCGUGGGUCAUUUGCAGGAUAUACCUGGAGGACAGGGGAUGCUGGGAGAUAAAUGAUGCCACAGUUCCCUGGAGGGUGAUCAACUGGCCAAUCAUGACUUCUGUUGUAAUCAACUUUAUUCUGUUUAUCAGCAUCAUUCGGAUCUUGGUGCAGAAGCUCAGGUGUCCUGAUGUAGGAGGGAAUGACCAGUCUCAAUACAGGAGGCUGGCGAAGUCGACGCUGUUGUUGAUCCCACUUUUUGGGGUUAACUACAUUGUGUUUGUGUACAUGAGAGAGGAGAGUGAAAGCGACACGUUUCAAAGCUACAAAAUAUUCUUUGACCUCUGCCUCGGCUCGUUCCAGGGAUUGGUUGUUGCCAUUUUGUACUGCUUUCUGAACAGUGAGGUCCAGACUGAGCUGAAGAGGAAGUGGCGGAGUGUGUGUCUGAAGCGUUACAUUGGCCGAGACUACCGACUGCACAGCUCGUCCAUUUCCAGAAACGGCACAGACAACGUGGCGCAGUUCCAUCGCAACUCCCGAGCCCAGUCCUUCCUCCAGACGGAGACCACCGUAAUGUGAGGCCGUUUUCACUCACAAGCACACACAAACUCUGUUCUUUUGGAGCAGCUGUACAGGAAAUGCCAUAAACAAGGGUCCACUGCAUUGCCCUGUAGUUUUCUUAACCCAUCUACAAAUAAGUUUUGCAAAUAUUUGUCGAACUUCUUGCUUUUUGCUAUGCUGAAGAGGCUGGGACUUACCGUUUUACCAGCAGGACACGAUUAGUAAUGCCAAAUGCUGUUGUGAGUGUGUUUUUGUACCACAUUUCAGUGUAUAGUGGACCAGCAGGUGUUUUAAGUGAUAGAAUGUCAGUACAGAUGCUUUGGUGAGUGUAAGAGGACAAGAUUACAUCAGCUUUGAUGUAUCACACAUUCAGUUUUACAUUUACACUGUUUGCAGAUAAGUUAUUCCAGCUCUUACGACUUGUUUGUUCCCCCACAUGUAAACAUAGAAGGAUACAAAUGUUUCAUUUCCAAACAUUUCUUUAUCAGUCCAGCACUUGUAUUAUACCGGACCCGGCUUCGAGCACAGUACUUAUGACCUUGUAAAUAUUUCUCGACUCCUGGCUGUUUUUAUGGAUGGUCAGAGAGUCGGACACAGAAGACAGGCUUGACGCCAGCCUCGUGGAAGCAUUAGGCACAGCGUUGUCCAUGCUGUGUAGAGAACUAGCACAAGGCUGGGGAUGAAAAGCCCUGGAACGUCUGCAGCGAUGCUUCAGGGCUAAAGACAGAGCAGAAGCUUUGGUUCUCCACCACGGAGAGCUCAUUAGGAACCCAUUACCGCCAGAGGUGUUCGCAUCAGCUCUGUUACAGACGAGGCCUUACGUUCCAAAGGGUGAUUCCAUGACGACGGUGCAUUUCUUGCAUGAGGGGACACCGUGUUAACUCCGCUCAAGUGGAGACGUGGAAGAAGCACAAAACCAAAGAGCCAAACGUACGCAGGGAACAGAAUCCUACUGAUGAAGAAGGACUGGAGAGACAGUAUGAGUGGUAAUACAAUAACAACUGGUUGGCAGUACUUGGAUUAAGUCUGGUCUUGGACUAAAUUGCAAUGGCAGUGGUGUAGACAUGUGCCAGUAGUCUGUAAAUCGGUGCACCGCGAUAUUUUGUACGCACGGUAACAUUAUUGUGGACGCUUCAAAAUACCGUCACUGGAUUUUAGUCAAACAAGUCCCACCACAAAAACUUUUGAAAUGCAGGUCAGCUCUCCUUUCACAAGAAUGGAGACACUGUUCUGCUCUGAUCACAUGAUACAGUCGUAUGCAAAAGUGAAAAUGAGUUAAUAAAUCCUCUACAGUGAGCAAGCUUUAAAAAAUUCGGCAAAUUUUACUGCACAAUUUCUACAAUUUCCAUUUAUAGUGAAAAAAACCAUAGCAUAUCAAAUGUGCCAUAAUUUUUGCACAGGCCACAUUACGUUUUAUGUAUUGAUAUUUUAUUUUUUUCUUUCCAGUUUGUUCAAUUUAGCAAAUAAAGAGCAUUAAAAUGUGUUCUCUGUGGAGGAUAUGGGCUUAUUUUUACUCAGAAAAUCAACGCCGUGUCGUUUGACUAGUCCAGGCUUUUGUGCACAACUGUACAUUCUCUCUUCUGAGCAAAUCAGUGGUGCAGAUAAGCAUCCACAGCACAGCAAGGUGAGGAGAGGUCCCAGAACUUUUCCACCAUGAAAAGAAGUGAAAACUCAUGUCCCACCCGGCUUGGAGGAGGAAAAAACUGAAGAUCUCAUGAGCGCAUGUGUAUAUGAAGUAAAAGGCACAAAAUUUUACUGGAAGUCGGGUGCACUACAUUCAGAACUCAAGCCUCAAGCCAGAAAAGGUCAAUAUGCUGGUCUUCUUGGCAAAAAAAGGCCUGAACCUAAAUAUGUUGAAAAUAAUCACAAUUUAAAUUGCAAUCGCAAUAUUAGUCCGAAAACUUGCAAUUAGAUAUUUUCCCAAAUUGUUCAGCCCUAAACCAGAUAUUUAAUUUUUUCACUGAUGGAAAAUUCUACCAACAGCAGCUUCUGUCAGCAGACAGUGAAACGAGUUCAGAUUUCACCUUUUGCCAUUGACCAUGGCGAUUGAAUAAACCAGAUGUUAUGUUUUUUAAUAAAAGAUAUACAGAUUGAGAGACCCUUAUUAGUCGCACAACAGGAAAUUUCACUUCUGCAUUUUUCCCCAUCUGUGCAGUGAAACACCACAUACACACUAGUGAACACACACACUAGGGGGCAGUGAGCACACUUGCCCGGAGCGGUGGGCAGCCCUAGUGUCUCAUUGUUGAAGUCCAGGCACAGCCAGUAUUAAACAACAAAAAAUAAAAAGAGCACCGCGCAUCUUACUGCCUUUUUUUUCCCACCUUAAAUGAUCAAUCGACAGUGCUAAGGCUCUCCUUUAAUAAUCAUACAUUUUCACCGCUGAUGCUGUCAUAAUGGCAAUGUUUCCAUCACUGCAUGUCGCCGUACUGCUAUCGAGUACGGAACAUUUUUUCAGUGCUAACAUGUAAACGCAGUAUUAGGCUUUAAGUGAAAGUAAUUACUGAAGGAUUCACUGUUAAACUUGAACAUACAAAAGUAAAAUUUGUUACCUAAAUGUGUGUUAAAAGCUUUAAAUUAGGGUUUAGCAAUGACAAAAAUAUAAUAUCAUGAUGUUGCACAUUUAAAAAUGCUAUCAAAAUCUAUGAGCAGAAAUUAUUUUCAUUCAAAAUUUUACAUACCACAGUGAACUAAAUCGAAAUAACCAGGACUAAUUAUGCUCUCUUUGUAAUGAAUCAUGCAGUUGGUCAGUGUUCUAGACGUACUGAUGAUGUCCAAGCUACUGUACUGAUGAUGAAAAGCAUAUUGUGACAUACUGUUUGAUAAUUUAUAAUGAUAAAUAUUAUCAUAUAUCCAAGCUCUACUUUAAACAUCUGUAUGUAGGCUAGAGGUCUGUAGCAUUAAAACUUUAGCUUGAUGCUAAUGUAACAUGGAAAAGGCCAUUAGGGUGCUAGUAGAAAAUUAGCAGAUCAAACACUAUUUAUAAAGUACUGCAAAACAAAUGUAUUGUACAUAUUGUAUGUGUAUAAACACCUGCACAGCACUGCUGUUUAAGAAAUGACAUUGAGAAUGUAGUUUGUUUAUCUUUAAACAUUUUAUACAAUAGUGUGGUAACACUGUGAACUGUGUUAUCAGAGUUGUCAUGAUGUAAAAUGUUUAUAUCGGCACAUGCCUACAACGCUGAUUCACCACUGCAAUGCUUUUUAGUCCAGGCUGAGGCCACAAAUGUGAUCAAGUGUUGAUAAUCUAAUCCAAAGCUUUGCUGUUGAUGAUUUAGAUGUCUAACUGAUGUUUAACCACUUACUGCCAUAACCUUCAUCUUAAUCUGUGCUCACCACAAUCUUAAGAGGAAGUCCAUUUUUCAAAAAUUGUGUGUAAUUCAGUCUUUAAAAUGUCAUUCAGAGUGGUUUGGUGUGAAAUGCUCAGUUCUAGAGAAACUUGCCAAGUCAGA